UUAGACUGUGCUACAUACAAUGUUUUGGUCUCAAAGGAAUGGCAGACACCCUAUCUUUAUUUUUACGGCGUUAGGACAUCUCCAUAGAUUUUAACAUCUUUGGUUUGUACGAAUGAGCGGAGAGUUUCGUAACAGUCUAAUCUUUGGUGCGUAUGUGUUUACUGAAAUGUCAGUGAAGGAGGGAGUUGUGCGUGGAACAGUUACAUAAGAAAAGGAGUAUGACAACUAUUGGAUCUUGUUGAUUUGGUGUUAAUGCCGUGAAGUUGUAGUGUUGUCAACCGUUUGUGUGAUCUGUGGUCGUUGUCAUGGAAUCGUACGAUGAAGAUCUCAAUGAAAAUCCGUUUUUUCACAUGUUGCAGACGGAACACACAGAAUUGUUUCAGAAAGCAACUGUCGAAGGAUGGAUAAUUUGUGUACCGUGUGAAGGAUCAGUGCCAAAGUACGCUCUUACCGUAGAGGAUUUUUUUAGCCACAUUUUGAUUCCAAGCGACGAAUUACCAGAGAGUCAUUUUAGAACGCUAAAUGAUCGGGACGUCCGCAUUUGUAAUCGUGUGGUUACAGUCGAAGAAAACGAUAUUUCGAGACCCUUGACAACUCAUAUUCUGUUCGAAGAAACGUAUUACACAGAUGAUCUAUUGAAGUAUAAAGUAUUAUGUUUAGAACACCCACUUGAACGUCAUUCAGAUUUUGGUCCAGUGAGCAGUAACUCCUCAGUAGUCAUUAGUCUUCAGACUUUGAGGGACUGUAUAGACUUGUUGUGGACGGAAAGUAGAGGUAGGGAUGUACUUGAAAAAAUUGAUCAGUUGAUUCGUGAUUUUCUUUCGUGUAAUAAUAAUUUGGAGUUUGAACCGCUUCAAGUGCAGAAAGAUUUAGUUGGUAGUCUGUACACAAUUUGUUUACAGAAUGCUCUAAGAGACAGCCGUCUACGAGAAAGAACAAGUACAAAUAAACAUCUUCUUGAGAAUGUUAAAUUAGCAGUGGAAACCUACAUGCUUCACACUGUGUAUAAGAAAGUAAUAAAAGGUGUAACAGCCUGUACUGCUCAUGACGACGCCAAUUUGAAUAAAAUCAUUCGAAAUCUUUCAGAUAUCCAGUUGAGGGAUUUAGGUGUUCGUCAAGAUCUAUAUGAUACUGUGCCAUGGGCGAAGCAGGAGCUCGCUCGUAUUGAUGGGUACAGUACUGUAUUGGGCAAGGUUGGGUGUCUGAAACGUAUGUUGGGAGCCAUCACAAAGCAACAUCCUAGCAAGAACAGUCCUGACCUUUUUGUUGGUAAUGUUAUUGCUGCAGAUGAUCUGUUGCCUAUGAUAGUUUUCCUUGUAAUUAAAACUGGUCUACCUAACUGGAUUGCUCACUUGACAUUUAUGAAACAGUUUCAUUUUUCAAAUCCGUCUAAAUGUCAAGUGGAUGAAUAUAGUUUCUUAAUUACAUCCUUAGAAGCUGCAAUUGAACACAUUAACUCUGGUCUUUUCCUAGGAUCUUCCAUUCCAGAAGCUCAAAUAGUUUAUGAAGAAAAAUAUGACAAGUACAAGAAGGCUGAUGAGGAACAACAGAGUGUGUCUGCUGAGCCUAGUGGUAUUGAAUAUUUGUUUGAACAGAUAAAGCUUGGAAAUGAAAGUGAGGUGAAAGGCAUUCUGGAUAGAAGCAUUGGUUCAAAUUCUAUGAGAGAGAGAGAAUCAUCUACCAAGAAAAAUGAUAUAAUAUUGAAAUUAUGCCAUCCAUUAUGUUCCUGUGAUAAAUGCGAGAGUAUCAUUUCGAAAAGCUUGUGCAACACUACUCCCACAAUUAAUUCAUGUGAUGACAGAGGUUUUACAGCACUCCAUGUGGCCUGCAUGUUUGGGCGCCCAACUAUGGUUGAUCUUCUUCUGAAGUAUGGUUCUAAUGUUAAUGCCUGUGACUAUAGUGGUUCAACUCCUGUGCAUUAUGCUGCUGCCAAAGGUUAUCAGAAUGCACUGUUACUGUUGGUCCAUGCAGGUGCACACAUAGAUAUUGCUGACAAUGAAGGCAAUACUCCACUUCAUUUGGCAUGUAAUAAUGGCCAUGAAGGCUGUGUGAAGGCAAUCAUAUAUUUUGCUGAACAUGUUGGACUGAAAUUAAAUAUUAAUUGUGCAAAUAGUCAAGGUAAUACUGCUCUUCAUAAUGCUGCUCGCUGGGGUUAUGAGGGUAUUGUCCAUUUGCUUUUGGAAAAUGGUGCACGGCCAGGAGCAGAGAAUAAACGCCACAUAACGCCCCUUGAUUAUGCCCACAACAUCCACAUUACAAGGCUUCUGAUGAGGGCCAUAAAAACAAUGCCACCAAGUGGUCUAAUGCCUGGUAGUAGUAAUGGCAUUGUAACAAACCUCACAUCAAAAAGCAAAGAACUCCAUGUAGCAGCUUCAUCAAAGAAGACUCUUGAUUUCAGUGACAGUGUGAAACCCAGGAAAGUGUCAGGUGCAUCACUGCAGAAAGGUUCAAAGACAAAAAAAGUAUUUUAUGGAGUCUUGCCCGAGACUACACAGGGGAUGCGGAAUGUAGAGAAGCUUCUGAAAGCAAUAGCUGCUGGUGACACAAGACUUGCUUGUUAUUACAUGGGACUUGAUGCUAAUGAUGAAGCUGCAUCACAGAAGGCAGCACAGCCAGAACAACAGCAUGAAAAAUGUCACCCAUUAUGUACUUGUGAAAAGUGUCAACCGGAAAAUGAUGUUAAUUCAGAUGAAAAUGGAACUGAUGAAGAGCACUCACACCAUAUACUUGAUGUGAAUGUUUGUGAUGGUGAGGGCUUUACACCAUUACAUGUUGCAGCUAUGCAUGGGCGUUUAGAUCUUACACGUUUGCUGAUUGAUGCUGGUGCACUUGUAGAUGUACGGACUCGGACCAAAGCUGCAACACCACUCCACUUUGCUUGUCAAAAUCAGAGACUUCAGGUUGCGCAGCUUUUGUUAAGGCGGUCUGCAGAUCCAGAUAUUCAGGAUUGGCAUGGGAACACAGCUUUGCAUUAUGCUUGUUAUGUUGGCAACAUAAGACUUGUUGAAACAUUGUUGCAGCUUGCAUCUCCAAGGUUGGAUUUGAAGAAUGCAUCGGGUAAAUCAGCAGUACAGGAAGCUGAAGAGAAGAUGGCUCUUACCAUUGUCAAACUGUUGCGUGGAGGGAAGCAUUUUGUUGUAAAUGGAGAUGAGAGUAAAGACUACUGAAGGGAAUUGUGUACUGAAUGGUUUUUGCUACUGAGUGAAAGAAAAAAUAUUUUAGUACAUUAUUUACCAGUAUUGACAUUUAUAUUAUUUCUAUAUGUAGUUACUUUUUGGCCUGUGAGUGACAUUCAUUGAUGUUAAGGCUUCAUUUGCUUGCUUCAUAAAUUAAGACAUAUAGAUGUUAUUAGUGUAUUAUUAAAAUAACUGUCAGCAGUUUCCCUAUAAUUUAACUGUAUCAAGAUCUCUGUGUUGAAAAAGCCUUUCAGAAACCUUAUGUAUCAAGAAUGCUGGAUAUUUAUUAUACACCAGAAGAUUCAGAUGUUAGUAGACAGUGCAUUGUAAUUUUCUUUUAUCAGCCUAGGUACAGUGUACAACAUAGUCCUGAAAGAAAUGAAUGCUUUGAGUGAGAAUGUGUUUUUGUUAUGUUCCAUGAAGUAGAAGUACAAGUGAUCUGUAAGCAUUAGGGUUUUACUGUGAUCUCCCCAACAAUAUCCCACGAAAGUCAGUGCUAUUUUGGAGUUUGUGAUGCACAGCAUUCUGUUAUUUUUUAUUAGAUUUUUUUUUAUUUUUCUAACUUGUUCCAAACCAUAUAUGUUCAAUGAUGAAACAUAGGCUACUUUAAUCUGAAUCCUAGGUAACUGGCAUUUUUAUGGUGCGUGUAUGCAUGGCUGCAUAAAUCUUGAUGUUCUUAUUGGUGCUAACCAUUUGGUGCUAUGUAAAGUAAAUCUGCUUAUUUUUAAAUUGUUAUUAAUUACUUUAUGUGGUAUGUUCAUGGUUUUUGUAACAGCAAUAUUAAUGCAGUGGCAUUUACUUUUGGAGAUUAACACUUGGAAUUUCAAAGUAAUAAUUUGUUAUAAACAUAUAUGAUUGAAGGGAAAUUACUAAACCAUUCUCAGCAGAAGGAAAGAUUGGAACUGAAGAUGUUCAUUGUAUAAAAUAUUUCUAAGUUGGGUUUCCACAUGCACUGAAAACUUUCUUAUGGAUACUCCUCAUUGUCUGCAUUAGAAAACACUUUGCUAUCUGUAAAAAUGACAGUCAGAGAAGUUCAAAGCUGUUUCAUUUACUGGCGUAGUAUCACUUCCUUCAACACUGCUGAAGAGUCUCUGCUGAUCAUGGUAACAGGUGGAAAUUCAUCCAUUCUGCUUCUGUUCAUUCUGUUGGCACCUGUUUUAUUUAGUAGCCUAUCUGACACUGUGUAGGGAAGUGAGAUUUGUGUGUAACUAGUUAUGUACUGUUCGUGAGGAAGUGUACUUUUAGAAUCAGAGGAACUAUAUUUGCUGCAAUAGAAAUUAAAGAGAGAAGCCAUUGCCAGAGAUUGCACAUGCCUUCUGAAAAAAUUUCCCAGGAAUGAAAAUAAAAUCAUAAUCUUGUAUAUGGUAAGUUUCACUCUUGCCAUUCUUGGGGCAUUCGUGCAUUGUAUUUGAGUGUUACAUUGUGCCUUCUGAAUAUGUCACAUGUUUCAAACAGAGAUUUAGUGUAGCUACAGUCUGGGGAAUGCUUCCACAAUGAAAUAUUCUUUCUGGUCCUGCAAAUUUGCAUGAGAACUUCUGUGAAGUUUGAAAGGUAGAAAGUGAGGUACUGGUGGAAAUAAAACUGUGAGUGCAGGUCGUAACUCAUGUUUCGGUAGCUCAGUCAGUGGAGCACUUGCUCAAUGUCCCAGCGUAGAGUCUUCAUCUCCCACAUAGGUUCCACCUGUCAGGAAGUUUCACUCAGUAAUCUGUUGACUGUUAAUCUCCAUAUUGACAGUGUGGUUACCAUGGAUUAACUAUGUGAAUAGGAACUGUUUACUCAGUUUUGUGUGUCACCCUUAUGACAAUUUGAGAGAAAAUGUAACUGAUUUUACUAGUAACUUUUUUUCUACUCCAGGUCACAUUUAUUUAAGCUGAUAGUCAUGGUGAGGGUUGGGUUGUUUCGGGGAGAAGACCAGACAGCGAGGUCAUCGGUCUCAUCGGAUUAGGGAAGGAAGACGGCUGUGCCCUUUCAAUUGAACCAUCCCAGCAUUUGCCUGGAGUGAUCUAGGGAAAUCACGGAAAAUGUCGUCCUCCCGAAUGCGAGUCCAGUGUGCUAGCCACUGCGCCACCUCGCUCGGUCAAUAGUAAUGGUGAAAACUGUUAUGCCUUACAGCUGUUCAGUGAGACAUUAAAGAACUCUACUAACAGAAGUGUCUAAUUUAUUGACUAUCAUCACAAUUCAAUCAGAUGCUUUUGGCUUGAUGUUGCAUAGCCGAACCAUUUUCUAAAGAAAUGCUCAUCACUUUUUGUACUUUCCCACUCUUUGUUAUUACCUUGUUUUAGUAAUUUGUUCUAAAGAAAUGCUCAUCACUUUUUGUACUUUCCCGCUCUUUGUUAUUACCUUGUAUUGCCUGAGUACUGACGUGCUUUAAGUUUCCAUCCAAGAUGUCAAACACUGGCAUGUCAUGUGAUGCUUCUUCUUUCCUUUCUGCCCUGUUGAUUUUAUGUACAGUGGUUUCCUUUUAUUUGUGCUUGUAGAUUGUUUGCUGAAUUCUCCAGAUGCUUCACAUCAUCUGUAUACUUUUCUCUUUGGCCUGUGCUUUAAUUGUUGACAUUUAUAGGUACUAUUGUAGUGGGUGGAUUGAUUUCCAAAAACUAUUCUAGAUAAAUCUCUUGAUUGGGAGGAUGAAGAUGCAGAAUACACUCAGCUCAGACUUAACAGAAGCAAAAGUGAUUACACUGCUGAUGAUGAUUCUUCAGUUUGAAUAUCCACACUGCUUGACAGAUCUGUUUAAACUGUAGUUAAUUCACUUCAUUGGGAAAAACAAGUUAAUGAAGUAUAUCAAUGUUUACAUAGGUAAACAGUGCUGCCACCGAUGAUUGAUGAUCAUACUUAUUAAUGUUUUGUAGAGAGAAAACAGCAGUGUGAGAUAUAUACAUAAUGGUCUGCAACAAAGCUGCAGAAUUAUACCAAGUUGCUCUUGCUGGUUUGUGAAGACAAAAAGGUCACUCUCCAACUGCAUGUAUCAUCAUCAUCAUCAUCAUCAUCAUCAUCAUCAUCUGCUGCUGCUGCUGCUACCAUAGCAUCAUGGGAAGGUGUACCGCACCUCUCUGUAGUCAUACUGUUAAUUUCUGAUUGUAAAUAAACAGUUAUAUCAUCCAUAAUUUCUUACAGAAAGUUGUUUAGAUUUCUUCAGUGUAUGCUUCUUUCAUGACAUUCUGUAACAAUAUAGUAAUUACACUGCCUUAGGUAUGGUAAUUAUUCUGAAUAAAAUUGAAAACAUACACAACUCAUUUAAUUUUUCAUUUGGAAUAGUAGAUAUGUACUUCUAAUGGCUGUAAGGUGUUAAGCAAUGUCACAACUUGUUAGUGUUGCCAAAUCAGUUUAAUAUUACAGCAGUAGGAAUCCACAUUACAAGUACACUAAGAUGUUGUCUUUUCUUAUCCAUAACUUAUGUGCAGAUGAAUUCCCUAUCCUUCAUUCUGGGAAUAUUUUUGUAUAGCUGCAAACAUUCUUCUAUAUUAUGAUUAUAAUAGUGGUGUGGAUGUAAGAAGACAGGUGGUGGCAUGAUGCACAGUGCCAAGGAGCAUGUACCACUUCAUGCUCCAGCCAUUAAUGUAAUUGUAUCAUACCUGCCUGUAGCACACACUGGGGCCGUGUUAAGUGUUGAUUUUCAUAUUAGUUUAUAUAUGAUGUGGUUAAUUAGCCACUACACUCUUCAUUAUGAGUGGCAUGCAACAACACAAUAAGUAUUAUAUUAAGGAUCAACAGUGAUAGUUUCCAAAGUACAUAAAUUCUGGCAGACAGAGCCAGAAGUGGAAACUGUGGCCAAAUGCAGCACUCACCCAUGCGUUGCCAGUUAGUGUGGUAAGCAACAGCUGGAGUGUGAGGUACAGGAUGGGGCAGAGAGCACACUGGUCACACCAAAAAGUAUUCUGUCUGUCUCUUUGCACAGAAGCUAUCACACAGCUGCCUUCUUAUGUGCACCACGAUAUACUGAAAGCAAUUUCUUUGAGCAACUAUGUAACUACACUUUUCACAGGUGGCAGCAUCUACUACAGGAGGGUGUUAUCAACAGACAUGGUUACAGAUUUCUUCAUGCGAUGUUUUAGGACACCAUUCUGAUGGAUACACACAGUUUAAAACAGCAAUUUGUCUGUAGUGGAAACUCCUUACAUUCAAGCAACUGUGCAACAGAUUCAUGAUAAUUGCCUUGAAGGUUAAAGAAUGUGGCAUUGUUUAGAAGUACUAUGCACAUCAUGUCAACAUGAAGUUUCACUACCUCCCAGCCCUCUUUGCCCCCUCCUCCCCAUAGAUCUGUCUGUCACCACAGUCAGGUUUGAUUGUAUCCAACUUACAAUGCAUAGGUGCCCCUAGAAUGGCAAGAGUAAUAGUAAUAGAUAUACCUUCUUCUGAACAUGUAGUUUGUUGAGUAUUUCACUGAUGUCUUUGUUCCUUAUGCAUUAGCAUUAUUUUUAUGAAGAGUAAUACCAUAAAUUGUAUGUUGCUGCUACCUCUGGAUAUGUCAGUGGCUCUGAAUACCGGAAGAACUUUUGUUUCUCACUACAGCACAGUAGGGUAAAACACUCUCCACCUCAUCCCACUCCUACAAAAACAGCUGAAACACAAGAGUACAGGCACUAAAUUAAAUCUUGUGCUUACUGUUUGGGAAAAUAUUAAUGAAAGACAAUGUCGAUAUUUACAAAUAAAUUUAUGUAAGACAUGUAAUGGAACUAAUUUCAAAGCAUUAAUAACAAAUGAGACUGCAGGAAACAUAAUUGAUAUUUAUUUCCAGACUGUGUACAUUGUGAAAAGGUAAAGGAACAUUGAGCAUGUGGGACAAAAUUUUCUUUUUUUUCUUUUGUAAUAGUGUGCCUAGUCAUGUCUUAUGAGAAUUGGUUGAACAUUGUGGUGAUUAAACCUGUCUAAUUUUUUUGUGUCAUUAUAAUUGACAAAUAUUGUCUAACAUGUUUGUAAUUUAAUAUGGAAAGAAAUUCUUUGAAAUCUUGACCUUCUCUUGUAAGUUUUUCUGUUACUGUUUUUAUUAAUAUGUGAUGAGAAGGUCUCACUGUUAUUUUUGGCGAAAAGAGAACCAUAACAAUACUUACAGCCAAGGUAACCCCUUUUUUGUACCAUUUAGUAUUGAAACUAUGAAACAAACUGAAUUUGACAAGAAGUUAUUCCUGGAAACAACUUUCAUUAUUUCAAGUAAGUACUGAAUACACAGAAAUGAGGAAAGGCUUUGCAACUGCUCGUUUUAGUUGAAUUAUAUUCACACAACCACAUAGACACACAAAUGCACCCACUGGCAGUGAUUUUCACUGAAGCCAAAGGCUGGGGUGUUUGGAGAGUGUGAGUGGUUAUGGGUGGAACAGUCUCUACUCAUGUUUGUUUGCUUCCAUCCUAGAAUUUCACUUACUGAAGUUUGCAGAAUAUAUUAUAGAAUUGGAAUAUUCAGAGAUGUUUGAUCGUGGAGGUUCUUGUUCAUUUAAUAUAGGGAUUCAGUUGCUCUGUUUGUACCAAUUUACUCAUAUUGCUAACUGUAUUGUUGAGCAGAAUCUUUUGUACAAUUUCAUACAAUCAUCUUGAAUUACCUUGUGGUGUGUGUCUGCUAUUUGUAUUUCUCCCUAGUCACACAGAAUCCCAUUUUGAAUAGGAAGACAGCCAAAUGGAGCUUUGGAUUACUGUGAUACUGAUAAUUGUAAAUAUCAUUUGUAAAUGUUUUUGUAUAUGCUCAGCACGUUAUCUUAGUCUUGAUAGUUGUUGAUAGGUCUGUAUUUUUAUGCUGGAAUCUAGCUUCCGUAUCUGUUGAAAACUAAAACCAAUUGGAGAAAGUGUUUUGUUAAUUUUAUAUUGUAUGUGUAAAUAGAUGUAAUUUUUUUAAGACUGAAAGAUUUUGAUGUCAUAACUGGAAGCAUUCUAAUUUGUAUCAGACUGAUUUUUUUCAGCAAAUACAUAUUCUUAAUUACAA